CGCCUUGGUAAACAAAUGCGCAGUGUGCAAGAGCGUCACGUGAUUUGCCAGCGUCAUUGGAUUCCCGUCCUCCUGAGCUACUGCGCAUGCGUGCGUCUUGACUACUGGGACAAGCGCAGACGCUACCGUGAAGACGAAACGCAGCUUCACCUGACUUUUCGGGUUCAGUUGCUGGGUAGGGAAACAGGAAGAAGAGGUGUGUCACCAAAGCAAUUGAUUCAGACUGUACUGCCCUCUGGUAUCACUAUGGAGGGGCCUGCAGUGGAAAACCUCAUAGACUUUGACAUACCUUCCAGCACAGAAAUGACUGCACCCUCAACCAUCUGUCCUCCUGACUUGUUAUCAGCCGAGCCUCUCGUCCCAGAGUCUGUGUCUGAGCUCCCAAAGCCCAUGGACCCAAGACCAGCUUUGUAUGAAAAAGAGGAAGAUGCUGAAGACAGUGAUGUCACAGAGUCUGCAGACAGUGAGAACGACGUCACCGAUUCGCCCUCCCACACUUCCAACUCCCGGCGCUCAUCUUCAUCAUCCAAUCACAGUGCUGAGGACGCUGAUGUAGCCGAGCGGCGAGAAUUCAUGAAAGCUUAUGUGGAGAAGUUGUUUCACGGAAGGAAGGACUUUGACCAGGAGGAGAAAGCCCGCUUCGGAGAGUUGUGUAGUGGAGAAAACGGCAAGGGCAGGGAGUGGUUUGCAAAAUACGUCAGUGUGCAGCGCUGCAACUCGAAGUGUGUGAGCGAGCAGACCUUCUACCGGCUGGUGCAGUCUUUCGCAGUCGUCUUAUUUGAAUGCUACCAGAUGGAUGAUUACAGCCCUGCCAAGCACUUAAUGACCAUGUGCUUCACCUACUAUUACAUCGGGAAGAUACAGCUGUCACCUACAGAGCUCCUGGAGAAGCCGAGUGCAGGCUUUGACUCUUACCUGCGCAGCAGCAAGGUCUGGCUCUCAGGCAAGAAAGACAUCGCUGAAAAAUUGCUGAAAAACACAACAGCUAAGACAGACAUGAAGAGCUUCUUCGGAGGCCUGGAGAGCAAGCUCAGAGGCCCAGCUGCCCGAAAGAAUGAAGAGACAGAGAGUCCAACAGAAGGCAAGCCUAAAGCACCAGUUUCACCACCUGCAUCUCCAGACAAGAAACAAGGAGAGAAGAUAUACUUGUACACACACCUUAAACAGCAACCAAUCUGGCACACACUAAGAUUUUGGAAUGCUGCUUUUUUCGAUGCAGUGCACUGUGAGAGGAACAAGAGGUCCCCCACGACGAGGCGGACAGCUGAGGAGGAGAAAGACGAGAGGGAAAAGUGGUGUCACAUGACCCAAGAAGAGAAAGACGACAGCUCCAGGAUUGAAGAAAACAUCACCUUUGGACAGCUGGGGACCUUCACCCAUAAUAUGAUCGCCUUUGGAUUGAGUAAGAAACUCUGCAAUGACUUCCUCAAGAAGCAGGCAAUUAUUGGAAAUCUAAAUGAAGAGCAAUACAAGUUGCUGAGUGAGCAUAUCGAACAGAUGGCAGGGGAGUGAAUGGCAGCUACAGAGGACGUCUCUAUCCUGCUGUUCUGUCCUACUGUUCGGUUCCCUAAUGUACAACACCGUUCAGCUCCAGGUAGAAGCUCACGCCAGCCUCGCUCGUUUAUCCUAUUGAGCACUGCUACAACCCACCUUGAUUUGAACAAUCUUUAACAAUCCAGCAACUGAACAUAUCUAAGAGGUGGUAAAGACAUCAGUGCUGCUCACUGUAACUCAGUAUACUUCUGCUAUGCUGCAGCAUCACACAAAUGCCAUGUUUAAGAUGCAUAUCAGUACCUGACAACAUCAGCUAUACUCUCAAUGGUACGGUCUUAUGCAAUAACCAGUUUAUAAUGUACUCAGUACUCAGUAACCUGUUUGACUAAGCUAAUCCUGAAAGUGUCUUUAUUGAGCUGUAUGAACUGUAAAGGUUCUGUCACCUCUUUCUGUUCCCACUUUAAAUAGUGACAGAAUAAACAAAUGUAUGACAGGGCAUUUAGGCUGUAAGUCAAACAUGCGACACACUCUAUCCUACUCUCGAACACCUUAUCAGAUUCUCAUGUGCACACUAUCAAACCCAUGACAGUGUGAAGGCGUGAUAUUGUGCGUAAGAGGUUUGAUAGUGUGCACAUGAGAAUAUGAUAAUGUGUGUUAGAGAGGUAUGAUAGUGUUGACAGGGGGUAUGAUUGAUGGUGUGUGUGUGUGAGAGGUGAGAGAGAGAGAGAGAUGUCAAGUUUGAAUUAUGCUUAAACAGCCCUCCAUAAAAAAAUCUCAGCAUUUCCAAACUGUUUAUAGUGUAAUGUUGUUGUUUUUUUUACCUGAAAUGUGAGCCCCAUAUUAUUCAUGUUCAAAACAGUAUUAAAACAGCUUCCUGUAUUAUUAUUAUUAUUAUUAUUAUUAUUAUUAUUAUUAUUAUUAUUAUUAUCCAUGUUGUGCACGAACCUUCAGAGUGAACUUUAAAACUCCAGUCUGUCCAAAGUGCCUUUUAUAAAUUCCCCUCGUGAUGUGUCCUUGUUAAAUGUUGGAAACAUAAACCUCCAGUUUUACAUAUUUUGUUCCCCCAAUCCUACCACAUUUACUGUGGUUGUUGAUGAUGUUUUAUCCAGUUUUGCAUUUGUCUGUAAUCUUACAUGCACUCGAAGUGUAUUGCUGUGUUUAUAGAGUUGUUCUAAUUGUUUAGUGAUAGAUCAGUGCGAGCUGUAGUGCUGUGUAACGGCUGGUGUUGUGUUGUGUUGUGUUUUGUUGUGCUGCGUUCACUGUGCAUGUGACUUCCUAAGUAUCGCUGUAGUGUAGUUUCAUGUCCAGUCAAUAGAGGGCGGUCGUGUUACUCCAUAUUACUGUAGCUGCUGAGCAGUGGAGGAGAUUAUUCAACAAUUCUGGUGUUUUCGAAAGAUUUAUGAAAUUACUGAAGUCUCCUUGCAUGAGGAUAAGGUAAGGUUAAUAUAUAUAAUGAACAAUUUGUAAAUACAGAGGUUUUUAUCACAGAAUAUUGCAGUUUGCAUUGCAGCACAAUGGCUGGUUCACAAAGGGAUCACUGGAUUGUCAAAUGUUUCAUUUAUCUAAGGUUUAUAUGUUGACACAUGGUGCCUGGAUAUUUAAUGGAUGUAGUACGUCCAUUUUUGGAAAAAUGUGUGCUUUGCAGAUCCUGUAUGUAUCCCUAAUGUACUGUGAAUGCUUUGCUUUACUGCCCUCAUGUUCCCUGCUGGAAUGUACCUGUUAGAUCAUGCCUGUUAUGUGUUAAUAAUAAAAAAAAAGAUGUUUA